AUGAAGCUGUUGCUGUUGCUGCUGUGUCUGGGCCUGACCCUGGUCUGUGGCCAUGCAGAAGAAGCUAGUUCCGAGAGAAGGAACCUCGAUGUGGACAAGCUCAAUGGGGAUUGGUUUUCUAUUGUUGUGGCCUCUGACAAAAGAGAAAAGAUAGAAGAGAACAGCAGCAUGAGAGUUUUUAUGCAGCACAUCGAUGUCUUGGAGAAUUCCUUAGGCUUCAAGUACUGUAUUAAGGAAAAUGGAAUGUGCCGGGAACUAUAUAGGGUUGCCUACAAAACGCCAAAGGAUGGCCAAUAUUUUGUUGAGUAUGACGGAGGGAAUACAUUUACUAUAAAUAAGCAAGACUAUGACAGAUAUCUCAUAUUGCGUAUCGUUAGUUACAAGAACAGGGAAACCUUCCAGGUGAUGAGUCUCUACGGCAGAACAAAGGAUCUGAGUUCAGACAUCAAGGAAAAGUUUGCAAAACUAUGUGAGGCGCAUGGAAUCACUAGGGACAAUAUCAUUGACCUAACGAAUAACGUGGACCUGGUACCUGAACACGUUCUUGUUCUCACCCUGCAGAUCGCUGUCUCCAGGCCCGAGGUUGAAGAAAGGCCUGAGCCUCCAGUGCUGAGUGGAGACUUAUCACCAGGACUCCAGCAUCACCAUUUCCUGUCCAUGGAGCAUCCUGAGACAAAUUCUGCGAUCUGA